UUUUCUGUCUCGCAGUGGCAAGGAUGAAGGCCCCGGUGUUGUUGUGUUUGUGUUGGCUCGCGGUGCUAGGAGAGGGUCGCCCCCAGGCAGCGGAGCCGCCCCAGGUGGUGGACAUCGCAGCGGCGUACGAGCAGUACCACCAGCUGUGGCUGGCCGAGGCCCAGAGGAAUUCCGUCGCUCCCUUGGCGCCCCACAAGCGACCAACGCAGACCGCCGCGGCAACACAAGAGCAGCCGAGCAAGGUUCCCGAACCGAUCGCUGAGGUGAAGCAGUCACCUGAGCCAGCGGCGGCGGAGCCUGAAGUGAAGCCGGCUGUUGCCCCGGAACCUGUCGCCCCGGCUGCCCCCGACAACGAAGCCGCCCUGGUUGCCCCUGACACUGCAGCCGCCCCUGACACUCUUGUCGCUGACGCGGACACCGCCUAUGCUGAGUUCCACAGGCUGUGGCUGGCUGAGGCGGCCAGGAACGCCAUCGCCCCGACGGUCGGCCAGCAGCAGCCUGUAGCCACGCCGGCCGUGCAGGAAGAGCAGCCUCAGAUGGCAGUGCUGCAAGAUCAACCUGCAGAGCAGGCGCAGCAAGCAGCGCCACAGGAGCAGGUGCAACAAGCAGCACCUCUAGAGCAAGCAGACACUGUGGCGGUGGAGGAACCCGCGGCCGCCCCUGCAGAAGCCGCGGUGGACCACGAAGCCGAGUUCGCUCGCUUCCACGCCCUGUGGACGCAGGAAGCCGCCAGGAACGCCAUUCCCCCCCAGGUGGGGGCGCAGCCGACCCAAGCACAGCCCGAGACUCUCCAGCUGGUCGUCGAGGAGGCAGCCCCGAAGGCCACGCCCGCAGCCCCUUCUGUCGCCAGCCCCGCGCCCUCCGCCGUCGUCCCAGCCAGUCCCUGGGCAGGAGGCUUCGGUAGCGUCCCCAUCGUUAUCCUGCUUCCCCAGAAUCCUUCAGGAGCGCCGUGAUUUCUCUGGCGGAGAAGAUGUUGUGGAUGAAGAAUCUCGCCUCGAAUAUUUUUUCGAGAAGUACAAUCAUUCUUAGGAUAUUUGCCUUUUACAAAGUUUCUUGUUCCUUCAUUUUUCUAAAAUAUAAUGAGUAAAGAUAACACAUUGAGAAUAAAAGAAAAUCAAUAAGGGAAAUAAUAAUUAUCAAAACUUUCAAAAACUAUACGCGUAAAUCUUUGUAUAUAUAUUAUAUGUAAAUAAUUGCUAGAUAUUUUUGCCAUGUAAACAGGCAAGAUCGGGUUGCACAUUAAUGAAAUAACUGAUCUUUGUGGAAGGUUAGAUCCCCCAACCUCAGGUGUGCUUGUGAUUAUAUUGAGUAUCGUAUGUCUGUUUAUAUGACUUUAUAGAAAAAAAUAAAACCAAAGAUAUAUAUA